AUGGCUCCCAUGAAAAAGCAUAUGGUGAAGGUGGGGCAAAAAAAUAAACAAGUUUUGAAGUUCACCCUUGACUGCACCCAUCCUGUAGAAGAUGGAAUCAUGUAUGCUGCCAAUUUUGAGCAGUUCCUUCAGAAGAGAAUCAAAGUGAAUGGAAAAGCUGGGAAACUUGGUGGAGGGGUUGUAACCAUUGAAAGAAGCAAGAGUAAGAUCACUGUAACUUCUGAGAUGUUGUUUUCCAAAAGGACCUUAAACUAUCUCACAAAAAAAUAUUUGAAAAAGAAUACUCUACAUGACUGGUUGCAGGUAGUUGCUAAUAGAAAAGAGAGUUACGAAUUGCAUUACUUCCAGAUAAACCAGGAUGAAGAAGAGGAGGAAGAUGAGGAUUAUAACUCAUUUACCUGA